GCGUAGGCGAACCAAGAUGGCGGCGGUGGUGGAGAAUGUUGUCAAACUACUGGGAGAGCAGUACUACAGAGAUGCCCUGGAGCAGUGCCAUAACUAUAACGCCCGUCUGUGCGCAGAGAGGAGUGUGAGGAUGCCCUUCCUCGACUCUCAGACUGGUGUCGCUCAGAGCAACUGCUACAUCUGGAUGGAGAAGAGACACAGAGGACCGGGUUUGGCGCCGGGGCAGUUAUACACGUACCCCGCCCGCCGCUGGAGGAAGAAAAGGAGAGUUCAUCCUCCAGAAGACCCUCGACUGGCUUUCCCUUCUCUGAAGACAGAGUUGGACCUGGGUUUGAAGAAGGAACUGCUCGGCUCCAGCGAUGGCAGCAGCAGUCUGGAGGCUCUGCUCCGAGGGGAGCCGCUGGAGAAGAGAGCAGCGCUGGAGCUCAGACCGAACGACGAGGAGCCUGCACACAACGAGUACACGAGCGGAGGACUCAACCCUGCCACCCGAGUGAGGAAGAGAAUUGUGGAACCUGACGACUACAUGGACGACCUGGACGAUGAAGAUUACGAGGAAGAUACACCGAAGAGACGUGGUAAAGGCAAAGGAAAGGGGCGGGGCGUCAGCAGCGCUCGCAAGAAGCUGGACGCAGCAGCAGCCGCUCUCGAGGAUCGGGACAAACCGUACGCCUGUGACAUCUGUGGGAAGCGCUACAAGAACAGGCCCGGACUGAGCUACCAUUACACCCACUCUCACUUAGCCGACGAGGAAGGGGAGGAAAAAGAGGAGGAGCUUCACGAGCAGACUCCACCCCCACCCGAGGAGCCUAAGACAGCUCCUAAGAAGGGUCCUGAUGGUCUGGCUCUGCCCAACAACUACUGCGAUUUCUGUCUGGGUGACUCCAACAUGAACCAGAAAACUGGCCAAUCAGAAGAGCUGGUGUCCUGCUCUGAUUGUGGACGCUCCGGCCACCCCUCAUGUCUGCAGUUCACCCCGGUGAUGAUGGCGGCGGUGAAGACGUACCGCUGGCAGUGCAUCGAGUGCAAGUGCUGCAACAUGUGUGGUACAUCAGAGAACGACGACCAGCUGCUCUUCUGCGAUGACUGUGACCGAGGCUAUCAUAUGUACUGCCUCACCCCGCCCAUGUCAGAGCCUCCUGAAGGAAGCUGGAGCUGCCAUUUGUGUUUGGACCUGCUGAAAGAGAAGGCUUCCAUAUACCAGAAUCAGAACGCUCCACCGUCAUGAUGGAGCCGCUGCAGAACACUGGCCCUGCGUUCACGGUUCCCAGCUCUGUGCGUUACCACUCAGUGAGUGAGGGAAGGGAUUUCAAAUAAAAUACAACACGAGAAAGAGAAAGAGAGAGAGAUGCUGGGAACCGGAAAAGGGAAAAACCUAUUUACCCAAGGAAAGGCAGGGAUGAACGGAUAAACAAGUACACAAAACAAACAAACUCCCUCCUCUUGGCAGGUUUAAUUCCAAUAUGACUGUUACACAGUUCCAAGUUUUAAACUACCCACUGCUUUUUGUUUUCAACUAUUAUACAUAAUAGUAGUAAUAAACAUAACAACAACAGUGAUAACUGACUAAUCCAAACCCACGCUGUCUAACAGUCCGCUCUGAGAACAUACGACUCCGCUCGUCAGUAGCCUCGUCCUUCACCUACUUGAAAUAUUCACCGAAACCGCCGCUAGCUAAAAUCAGUACCAGUUACGUUUCUAGCCACCCAGUAAUAGUUGAAACCAAUCAGCAUGCUUGUUUGUAAUAAGACAAAUGGUAGCCUGUUUUUUUGUUUGUUUUUUUUUCUUUUUUUUUUUGUAUAUUUAUAUAUUUGUAAAUCAUAUAAAGGUGUGAUGUAUUUAAAAAGUGAGAAUAUCAAAAGUGAUCGGUUAUUAUUCUAGCGGUUAAAUUUUUUUUUAACGGUAUUAAACCCUUCUUUUAUGUCGCAAGCAUCAUUCGCCAGUGCCAUCGAUGCAUACGCUUCGCCGUCGUCGUCCCUUGAGAUUUUUUUUUUUUUUUUGAAUUUCUUUUAUUUAGCUUGUUAAAACGAAAUCUAACUUCCUCAAGGAUCUAAUAAAGUUAAAUGUAGUGUAUUAGCGUAUAAGUCGGCUCAGGAGACAUUGUGGCUUAUAACCGAUUCAGAGGAGAACAAUUCACGACUCAGGUUGUAGAUUUUUAGUUUCCCGUCAGAACGAGUUAAUCCAGUACUGACGCACUGUUUAGCAUGAAAUGCAAUACGGCCCGAUUUAUUAUUAUUUUUUCUUAAAACGGACAAAAUCGCGUACGACGGCGUUCUGCCUGUCGAGACGACGGUUUUAAUUGUCGAGGUGGUUACCUGGUCAACCCGCAGUACUCAGAGUAUUGCUUCCAGCACCUGUCACUUUGACCGUAUCCUAGUGUCAUUUACAGUUAGAACUGUUUAACCAUAUGCAUGUUUACCUGGUACCACUUUUCAAAGUACACUCGCGCUUAUGCUCGCCUCUUGUUGCACUCAACAUAACAGUUGUUUUUUUUUUUGUUUUUGUGGGUGGGUGGGUG